CCGCUUUUGACAUUGCAGCAAUGCUUUGGCUCUUGCUGGUGAUACCAGCACUCUUGUUGAUGAUUCUUCGACUUUUUGCGGCCGAUGUCUACGACGCAGUGAUUGUUUGGAUGACGGCCCGGUGGUAUCAGGUGGUCUUUCAGCGCCUGCAGCGGGGAAAUCGAAUUCUUGACGUCGGUAUCGGAACUGCCACAGCUUUGGUCAAGAACAAGGCCGAACUCUUGGAUCGACACUUGUCGGUGGUUGGAAUCGACUACGAGGCUGCCUAUGUCCGAAAAGCCGAGGCAGUUUUGAAAGAGGCAGACCUUUGGCGCCCAGCACCGGAUGGCACUGAGGGAUAUCGGCCUGGAGAGUUCUACUGCCGUGUGCUGGAACGCUCCAUCUACGAUGAAGGUUUGUCGGAGCUGUGCUACGAGGCAAGUGACAAAGAGAAGCCAAAGGGUGCUGUUCCAGAGGACCUGCGCUUUGAUGCAGUCUAUUUCUCUGGUUCCUUGACAGUGAUGCCAGAUCCUCCAAGUGCGCUGAAAGCAGUGCUGCCGUUGAUGAAGCGAGACGGUCAGAUCUUCAUCACCCAGACCUUUCAGAAGAAACAUUCUCCCUUGAUGGCCUUCAUCAAGCCCCUGAUGAAGUACAUUACGACAAUCGAUUUUGGACAGCUCACCACGGAGGAUGACUUGGCCCGCAUCAUCGCGGAAGCCGAUUGCUUCGAAACCGUGGAGAAUGAAGCCAUCAGUGGCUCCAUCAACAACCACCUCCAAACAGCGAGACUGGUGAUCCUCAAAGCCAAGCCGAAGGCAAAAUGAGUGCUCAAUGCGCGUCUCAAGUGAUCCUGCUGAAAAGCUUGUUUUCUCAAGAAGAGAAAUCGAAGCGAAAGGAGGAAGAGCUAGCACUCCCUCCCCGUAGAGUGUGUAGAGUGUAGGUUAUUUAAUUUUCAAUGUCAUUUCAGCACCCUCAACAACUGCGGGUCUUUGCCUGCAAGGUAAAAAAAAAUGGCACACCUGAAGUAGUGGC